CGACAAGCUUCACCUAUGCUUCUAAUGUCGCUUUAUUUGCCUAGAACUUUGGAAAUUAUUGAACAUGUGGCUUGUUUAUAUGAUGGCUGUGAUUCUAGCGGGAUUAACUUGCUUGGAUGCUAGGAGGUACCGCUUCUGCUCUGAGGGCUGUUGUCCGGAGGAAUACUGUGCCUACAAGUUGAUUUGCUACCCCAAAAUCCAUUGUUCAUACGGAUGCCCCGACGGUAGUUGUCAGCAGGAGAUCUGUAUGCCAGCUAAAAAUUGCACAUUGAACAGUGAUUGCGGAUUUGCACAUGCGUGUACUUUUAACUAUAAUCUCGGAUAUAAAUCCUGCCAGUACAAUUUGGAAAUUGGGAAAACACUUUGUGUAGAUUCGCAUGGAAAUUCGCUACUUAGACCAGUAACUUGAAACAUGCAAUAGUUCCAGUUGUGAGUUUUGGGUCACUAAAAUG